AUGGAACCCAACAAAAAACCCAUCACUCUUACGAAUAUGAUCGUGUACAGUGGUCCUCCACAUCGUCCUCGUAAGCGAUCUAAAUCACCGUUUUCUAUUGAUGGUACAUCCUCUUUCCAGUUCCAAACCUCCUCAUCUCUAGCCCACCCCCUUCCACCACGUCCCUCUGCCCCAGUGACGCACUCCACAAUUCCUGAUUCUUUAGACCGAGAGCUAUCUUCUCUUUCUUCUACUGGCCCCGUCCAACUGCCAAUUCAGCCUCAAUCGGACUCCUCCCAAUCAAGAGAAGCUACGCCGGUCAAUUCUGUUGAAUCAAGCAAAGAAGACAAUCUAGAUUGCGAUAUCACAACUGAUAUGAAUGAGCAUAAUAAUCCGCAAGGCGAUAACGAGUCUCUUAGCGAGAUCUGUCAGGCAACAUCUCUUCAAGAGAAUUGCCAUUCAAUACAGAGAUCGACUCGUGAUUCUCCAGUAGCAUUCAAUCCGGAUGCAGAGUCCCAAUGCAAUACGUCAAAUGAUGAAGGCUGUGAGAGCGUAGUUCCAGAAAGCCCAGCAUGGAAUAUACCAACUGAUGCGGGAACUGAUGGUACUAGAAUGUCCAACCAACAUUCUAUAAAUCUCCUGGACGAUGCCGACCUCGACGCAGUCACACCGGAAAUUAAAACAUCAAGAUUAGCCAAAUUGGACCUUGCUAGUCAGAAUGAAGAACUUGAGCUAACUGAGAAUCACUGCCCUGAUGAGAUCGUUACUGGAAGCGAUUCCCGUCCAUAUCAAUCGCAAAGGACAGAUGGUCUUCUACCAAUUAGAAUGACCACGAAACAUACAAACCUACUGGGUGCAGGGAUGAAAGGACCCAAAAGCAUACCGGUUUUCGCUACCCAAAAAUAUGCUGGGCGAAACCGUCAGCGCCGCCGUGCUUCAUCUGAGAGUCUAGAAAGUGACGAUCCUGAGGAUGAUGAUUAUCAUAACGAUAGCCUUGGAGAAGGCGAUAUAACUGAUAUUGAAAUUCUAACUCCCCCAGCUAAGCGACAGAAACGGGUCAGUGCUUCUACACGGUCUGCUCGUCGUCGAACAAGUUCGCAAGAACGAGCAGAUUCCACAGCAACAUCACUGGCCAACCUAUCAAGUGCCUCGUUAAUGGUGCAAACCUCAUUCAGCCCGGAGACCAUCCGCAUUCGUGGUUAUCUGACUCGUAAAGUAUCUCUAUCUGCAGUCCGAUAUUGCUGUGUGUUCACGGAAGACCGGGAAUCGACGGCCAAUGACUCUAGCUUGUUCAAUUCAUUAGCCUCAUUUACCGGACCAAGUAGUGAUGCAGAUGAACCGACAGCCAUGUCCGACUUUCAGACUAUCGAUAUUGAAGGCCUAUUCACUCGUGAACAAACUCCUUCGGGGUAUACAUGGAAAUGCACCUUCAGAGAAGAUAAAAGCUCCCCAUCAUCAUCGGGAGCAUCACCCAUUACUGCUCAUAACACCUCACCGGGCACCAAACGGCCAGCUUGCAGCAGUGGGCGCAUUUCGAGACGAGUCAAGAGAGUGAAGUAUACUCACAAAGAAGACGCUCUCAUCAUAGACCUAAAGGAGAGACAAAAAUUGACAUGGCCCGAGAUUGCAAAGCAUCUCCCAGGGAGAACGAUUAAUGCUCUUCAGGUACACUACUUUACGGAAUUAAAGGAUGGAAAGCGCCAGAAGACGGAAACGGCGCUCAGACAGGCAAAAGCAGGGCAACAACAGAACAAAGGUCUUUCAAGGGCACAGCCCAACCGACCACGUCCAUCUAAUGGUGUACCUCCCAGACAGCCGCGAUAUAGACUGCGUCGGAAUAGACAGUCGCCUAGUCGCUACUCCCCAGAAUAGGCCAGCUGCACUGCCACGUCAUACGAUAUUGAGGACUGCCUUCUCCGAUAAAACAUUCCCCUUCUAUGUUUCUCACCCGUGCCCUUUGAAAUGUCCAAAGUUCCGGUUUUACUAAGUCUUAAUUAUGUUCUGCAAUACUACUUACACUUUUGAUAUCAUGUUGAAACAUCGGUAUGUGGUGGAGCGGAUUGAUAUCUAUUACGCACUAGUUAAGAAAGAUCAAUCCUAGAAAUCUUUUGCGAGAAAUAUC